AUGCUUGUGAGGCAAUCGCAUGAAGCUUGGAGUACAUUGACUGCAUCUUACAAGGGUGAUGACAAAAUCAAGAGAGUACACCUUCAGACUUUAAGGCGCCAAUAUGAGUUGAUGGAGAUGCAGUCUACCGAGGCAAUUGAUGCAUAUAUUAAUCAUGUCAUUGCAUUGGCCAACAAUAUGAAAGUCAAUGGAGAAGCAAUUUCAAAACAAGGAAAGGUGGAAAAGAUUCUCAGAACUCUCACUUCGAGAUUCAAGCAUGUGGUUACCGCAAUUGAAGAGGCUCAUGAUGUGACAGAAUUGACAGGAAAGUUAUUGUCUAGUUCAUUGAAGGCACAUGAACAAAGAAUGGACAAUAACAAGGUUAAGACACCCGCUGAAAAAGUGCUUCAAGCCCAAACUUCAUUUGGUGAUUCUGGAUGGAAAUUAGGAAACAUUCAUAACAGAGGCCGAGGGCGACGUGGAUAUUACUCAAAUCAAGGACAAAGAGAUUUAAGAGUGAGAACCAAGCUGUACAUGAAGAAGAAAACCAGUGUCAAACUGAAGGUGGUCAUGCCAUUAUGA